AUGGCCACCGACUUCAGUCGUAUUUGCGGACCAGGCAAACUCGACAACUUCUCGCUCGCCUCUCUUCUCGAGGCUGAGACGUCUUCUAAGGACGAGCCGACUAUCCACCCGGCUCCCGUAUUCAGGCCUCCUCCUCCUGCUGCCCAUGGGCCGCUCGAUGAGGGUGUCGCUGGCGUAGGGGCCCCGCCCGACGUCCUCAUGCAGGCUUUGGACGACCUCGGUCGUCCGGCCUCCCCUCCUCGCAUCCCCGCUUCCAGGAAGCGUAAGGGUGUUGAUCGCCCGGUCCCACCUCCUCCUCAGAAGAAGAGUAAGGUGGCCUACUCUCGCCCUGGUCCGCCUCCGCCGAUCAACCGCGCCACUAAACCCAAGCCCCGUCCAACGACGUGGGCAGGGAUUGCCAAACAGGCCGCUCCGAUGCCUCCCCCGCCUUCUGGCUUGGGACCGCAACGUCGCGGGCCUUCUCCUCCCCCUGCAUUCCCGACGGGCCCGAUGAAGACAUCUCCUCAUCGGUCUGUCCCUUCUUUCACUUCCAAGGGCCCCACCCGGAAGCAAGUUCUCGUGUCAUUCGGGGGUACCCCUCCUGACCUCACGAAGUUCUUCACCAAGUCGGCUGUCCGUGCAGCCAAUGGAUAUCUCAGGGAUGGGCAAUCUAUGUUAAAGGUCACCUCUGUAGUCUGCGCCUACGACGGUUUGUCGUUGCACACCCCCGCUGUUGCCAGUCCGUCCGAUUUGGACAUCCUGCGUAACUUCAUCCGCGAAAGCCUCCCAACGGGUACCCCGUUUGAGGUUGCGCUCCUGUCGUCGACAUCUUUCAUAAAGAUACUCGAUGUUCCUUACUUUGAUCCGAAAGGGUUGAAGAUCACCCAGGAGGCGCUUGAAAAGGCCCUCCGUACCUCGGUUCAUGCUGAGGUCUUCGCCUAUCUGAGCACCAAGCCUCGGAUCGACCACAACUCAGCGCACUCAACAUCGUGCACCGUCUACUGCAACAUCUGGGACUCCCAACAGGGACCCCGCGCCAAGAAGGCCUUAGGCCAACCGAUCUUCCUCGCUGGACGGUCCUGUGCAAUCAGGCCCGCCGCACGACACACCGGGGUCCCGCUCUGCCAGCGCUGCUGGAAGUGGGGCCACCCCACCGUCGCCUGCAAGGCAAAACAACUUUCUUGCCCCAUCUGCUCAGGUCCGCACGAGCAGAAGGAGCACCGUCAACAUGCGGGAUGUUGCAAGGGCAACGCGAAAGCGAAGCCUCCUGUGCCGCCCACCCCUCGCGACCAGCCUUGCCCCCACAAGGGCCGCUGUGUCAACUGCCACAAGGACCAUGCCGCCAACUCGGCUUCGUGCAAGUUCUGGGCCCAUCACUACGACCGUGAGUGGAUCAUGGCCGAGUAUCGUCAGACCAAUGUUGGGAAACCUUCAGGAUCUAAGUAUAUGGAGGGCGAUGAGGUUAUCGGCGCACCAAAGCAUCCGGACUGGCUGCAGAUGGUGCGCGUUAAGGAAGGGGAGGUUCCCCGUGUGAUCGCCUACGUUUUGACUAGGCUAUCCCGCUAUCGUCCCGCUAUGCGCUGUGACAUCGUCAACCAUCGCGAUAUCCUCGUCCUCUCCCUCUUCAGCGGGGGUGAGGUUCUUAACUUAAUGAACGUCUACUCUGACGAUCAACACACAGCCAUUGAGCACCUAGCUGCUCGUGUGCAUUCUCUACCACCUUUCAUUUACAUGGCUGGUGACUUUAACUGCGUGUCGACGACUUGGGAUGACUAUGAGCAUGGCGAGUCGUCGACGGCAAUAUUACUGCGGGAUACCGCAUCUCAGAUCAGCCUCGAGUGGGCACGACUUUCUAACCAUGGACCGACGCGGAUCAGUCCUAAUCCAAACCAGAGAUCCAACGUCUUGGAUCUUCAUUCACCUCUUUCUCUCGAACGCCCACUUGUCAACAAGCGCAAACAACCAGCUCACCGUCUCGCACAUCGUCUAGCGCUUUAUCGACAGGCCAGAAGAUUCCUUUUGAUCGUUCGUACCGCAUCAGCAAACCAUGUCCGACCUCCCACCGAGAGGUCGGGGCGCGAGGCCCCCCGGGGCGGUUCCUAG